UCACGCACACCGCCGACGUCUGUCAGUCUGGCACCACGGCGCCCCGCGUACACGAUCUCUUGACGUAGGUACAGCUCCGCACCGGUCUCGCGUUCGUCUCGUCGCCUGUUCUCUCGUUCAGUCUUCGACAAGAGUUCCGUUCGCGCGUUCAUUCGUGUCCCGUUUACGCGUAUAUUAUUCACCGCCAAUCGUGUGUCGUUUGCCGAUUUCAUUUUUUAUUUCUUUGCAUUUAUUUUUUUUUUUAAGCCCGUGUCCGGAAAAAAAAACGAUAAUUUUAUCUAGUCAGAACACACACAAGAGAGAAGUCGGUCACCGCCGCUGCUUUAGAAACGAUCAGAUAUUCGCAGUACAAAAAGAAAUUCUUCGCCAUUAUAAAUGACUAUAUGGACUGCUACAAUAAUGGACGCCCAGGAAGGAUGUCCAUAGAAAAAACACCGUUGUAAACUGUCCAACUGAUACGAGGAUGUUGAACAUUGUAGAAAACGAACAUCAACAAACGAACGGCGGCGUGGUGACCAACGGUGGUACAGUGACCGCGACCACAUUAACAGGUUUGAACGGCAGCACGGCGAUGAUAGCCAGGGAGUGCGCCAACUGUGGCAAACGCAUUACCGAACGGUUCUUGCUCAAAGCUUUGGACUUAUUCUGGCACGAGGACUGUCUCAAAUGCGGCUGCUGUGACUGUCGCUUAGGCGAAGUUGGAUCCACGUUGUACACCAAAGCCAACCUGAUACUCUGCAAAAGGGACUACCUUAGGUUAUUCGGAGCGACCGGCAAUUGCGCGGCGUGCAACAAGGUAAUACCGGCGUUCGAGAUGGUGAUGAGGGCCAAAAACAACGUCUACCACUUAGAGUGUUUCGCGUGUCAACAGUGUAAUCAUAGGUUUUGCGUGGGCGAUCGUUUUUAUCUGUGCGAGAACAAGAUUCUGUGCGAAUACGACUACGAGGAACGACUGGUGUUCGCGAAUAUGGCCACUUACAACUCGUCCAGUCUGGCGCACAUAAGAAGGCAAGUCAGUAGAUUACAGCAGCCAGCGGCAAACGAACACGCCCACGCAACAGCAGCAACAGCAGGAGACGUUGUAGGACCGACCGACGAGGUGGACCGGUGCAGAGCCACCUCGGUCGAGCUGCAACAGCAACGGCGACCACUACCACCGUACGACACCGCCGUCAUCGGUUACGGCGGCGGCGCAACCGCAUCACCAGCAUCGGGUCAGCAGCAACAGCAACAGCAGCAGCAGCAACAACAACAACAACAGCAACAGCAACAACAGCAACAUCACGUGCAGCAACACCAACACGUGCAGCAACAGCACCACCAGUUCCUGUCCGCAACAGCCGGUGCUACAGUGCUGUCUGCACAUCAAUCGACAGUCGUCGUGGGAGGCGGAGGAGUCGGCGGUGGAGGAGGAGUCGGAGGCGGCGGACGAGUCGACGACGGAUCGAGCGGUUACGGGAGUCCGGACUCCGAGACCGGCAUCGAACCGUCCACGGCUUCAGCCGCCGCUGCCGCUGCUGCCGCAAACAUCGGUGGUGCUUCAAUCAUCGCGUCCGCGGCCGCCGCGGCACCGCCGGUACAAUAAUCGUCACGCCACCGUCACUCCACUGCAGCUGCGGCGAAUUCCGACCGCGGUAUACACGUACGGACCUCGAUAACCGUCUCGGUAACCCCCUACGCCGCGAAACGAGAGACGUUACCGUUCUCAAGUCGUUUGCAGAGUUGCGGAAAAAGUCUGUCUAGAAUUAUUGUGUGUCGUUCGAUCAUUCUGCCGCCUGCAGACGAUGGCCGUGUGGUUCGGUCGCAAAAAUUAUUUCGACAUCGCAUUAUGACCCCGCUACGAUAAUAUUACAAUGAUUAUUGUUGCUACCUAUGAUAUAAUAUUUAGUAAUACAUAAUAAUAUUAUAUUGUUUUAUGAUUAUUGUCGAUGAUUCGUACGCCGUAUCGUUCUAGUCUAAAACGAUGCCAAAUUUACACACACACAUAUUUAUAAUAUAUAUAUAUACUAAUAUACCUAUCGAGUAUAUUAUAAUAUUAUGAAUGUUGAUUUUUUUUUUUAUUUCAUUUGAUUUUGUUUUUUGUUUUGUUAUUAUUAUUAUUAUUAUUAUUAUUAAUUAUUAUUGAUUAUAUUAUAUAGGUAUACUAAAAUGAGAAAAACAAAAUAAUAUGUAGUUACGACAAAUCCGGCACAGCGCGCACACGUGAAAACAAUAGGAAUUAGGUACGAAAUAUUAUAAAAGUUAUUCGCUGGUCACCUUACCGAUAUAAUAAAUAUAUAUAUAUUAUAUUAUAUACAUCACGGACGGACAUACAUCCGAGUGAAAUAACGCUGUUCAUUUCCGAAUGUAUAAUCCGUUAAAUCCUGUAAAAACUUUUUUUUAAACAAUUUGAAUCGUUCUAAAAUGACUUUUGUCGUGGUUGGUUUUUCCAACUAAAAUAUCGUUCACUCUUAUUUCGGUUGUCUAUAUUAUAAUAUAUAUAUCCUACGAAUACUUUCCCUCGAAUACAAUAUUUAAAAAAAAUCAUGCGUUUUGUACAUAACAUUCGAUGGCAUAGGUAUAAAAUGUCGACUGACAUUUAAGUUUAAUAUUAUUAUAACAUCCUAAAAAUACGAAACGAAAUAAUAACCAUGUACAUUUUCAAAUGCUCAAAUUAUAACAAUACGCCCACCGGUAGAGACGGUUUUAUUAUUUUUCAUUGUUAUUAAAUUUACUAAUUUAUAAUACGCAUAAUACGAGUAUUCGAGCUGUAUUUGAGGGAUUAUUGUUAAUGUAAAUUAUUAUUAUUUAUAUUUAUUAUAAAUGGAUAAAUAUCGUGACCCGUUGAUGUUUUUUAUUUUUAUUUUUUUUUUUUGAAAUGAUUAAAUAAGCGUUUAUACCAUUUCCUAAUGAGAUUUUUGUGGCAAACCUUCUCUAUCCCUGCCUUCUACGAAUCGUGUACAGUACCGACUUAGGUAGUAUAUAUACUUAUAUAUACAUAUAUUAUUAAUAAAUAUGAUUACUAUUUUGUGUACAAACGUUUUAUUGAACUAGUAUGUUUUAGUUGUUUUUUUUUUUUAAUUUUUUUAUGUAUUAAGUUAUUACACCUAAUUUUUAAUUGGUACUUGUUGUUUAGUAUACAAAAUAUUACGGUUUCCUGACAAAAAAACUUUAAAUUUCACUACUAAAAAGCGUCCAUUUACCUACUAAAUGUUAUAAAAAAAAAAAAAACAAAAAUAUAUACAAUGAGAUGUUUUGAUUUGUUGAUAUAAUCAUACUUAAUCAAUUCUCUAUUGCUGCAGUUUACAGCUUAUUAAUAUUUUAAAUGUAACAUAUCCGUUCAGAAGUUGUAUACGAUUGUUGGGAUAAAAUAAAAUCUGAUCUCAGAAA